AUGUCGGGCUUCGACCGUCGAAGAGUCACCGAGAAGACGGAUAUGGAGGUAAAGGCGACUUCUGAGGUGAUGCGAAGCCAGCCCCAUUGCACCGGAGUUCUUUACGGCACACAUUGCACGCAAGCCCACCUCGUCCCAAUUCCAUUCAUCAAGUCCUACGCACCUCCGAGCAGCGGAAACUCUCUACCCCCACAGGCUACGAUCGACAGCCUCUUCAUCGAAUGCUGGAUGCCGCGGGGAAUGAAACAAAAAUGGGAAGAUCGACUCACACUCCGUGCGCCGCGCCUGCAAAGUCCCCCGGGCCUUGCAGCCGCCGACGGCGAAGAUAGCCAAAUGGAGGAAGCCUAUACUAUCUACUUCGCUACGCAGAGCCAGAAGAAGGAUGCGUUUGGUCCGCCAUUAGAACAGCGGAACGCCGCCAUUGCGAACAUCCUUUACGAAGAGGAAAAGCGUGGUCGUAAAGGAAGAGAAAUACGUUGGUACGGACCUCUUUUGGUCGUGAAGCACCUGGACGAAGACAUGGCACCUAUUGAUAUCGAGGAGCACGAGUUAGGCGCCGUAUGGGAAGUGGUGAAACAGUAA